ACAAGGGACAGUUUCUAUUUUUGCUUUUUAUAAACUGCGCAACUAGGGGCUGCUAAAAUCGUGAUCGUACGCCCCAUGUCGUCAGCUCUAAAAUUUUUAGGCACAUUAGACGCUCAGAAUAAUAUUCGCAAUUUAAUAGAAAUUAACGAGCAGCAGGUUUCUGCUGUCCCAGUCGAGUAAUGCAUUCACUUGGAGUGACGUGUGCGCUCACUCAAAUAGAAACAUUGUGCCAUUAAACUCGGAAUCGGGUGGGAAUCGGUUGGGCGAAACGGAAACGGGCGGAAUUUCUUUUGUCUACACUUAGUUCAGAUAUAUGGGUUGUAUAUAUAUAUUAUGUAUGGUUGUAAGGCAAAACAAAGCGCAAAUAUUCAAAUUAUUCGGUAUAUGUGAUGUCAUAAUGGGGAACCGCUAAAUGAAAUCGCCUUAGCCUCUUAUUCACGCUUUCUGAUUAUGAUCGGGAAUGUGUUUAUUCUAAAUCCGCUCUCUUUUCCUCUCUUUCGGCAGAGAUACUUUAAUGGCUUCUCCACACAAUUCGGCUCGUUUCUAAAUAAUUUAGAUGCGGCCAAUUUCAUUCCACAUUGAAUGACCCAAACGCCUCCAAAGAGGCUGAAAAUUGUGCGAAAAUAAUAGUUUCUAGUUUGCCAUUACUGUAUUUUAGGAUUAAGGAAUGUGUGGGCACGGUCGAGGUGUUAAAAUAACUUCUACCAAUGGAAUUUAUAUUUUUCAGAUGCUAAUAACUACAGAAUGUUUGUGGCAUUGAACUUGCUCAAUAAUCUUUGGAUUUAAGUGGAAAGAAUCGUGCAUUCUACAUUGUACAAUUUUAACUUAAUGUUUGUAUUGAGGGAUAGAGGGAUCAUGCAUUACUAAAUAUAUUUGCUUUGUGCUCUUCUCCAAAUUAAAAUCGCAUUAAAAGGUUGUUAAAACACGCAUAGUAGGCCAGUUUAAAACACAAAAUAAAAUUCAUAUGAAAUGUUACUAAAAAGGUGGUAAUAUCCAUAAGGCAAACACCUUGUUCGCUGAAUUGAGAUAUAUAAAAAAAUUCUGUGUUUAGUAUUCCCGACCUUAUCCUCUAGUCAUAUUUAUAAAAGAAACAUUUUUAUGGCUUACACUCGUGGAAUGCCUAAGGCAAUCAACCUCUUUUAAGGCAUUUGCGUAAUACGACGCAUUUUGUUCUUAACAGUUUUUAUCCGAGACUGUGGCAGCUUGUGGUCAAUACUAAAAAACCGGCUAGAAGCAUGGCAUGGAAGGUAACACAAUAAGCCCAAAGCCCAGACUCUCACACAGCUUCUGAUUUGUUUAGUCGUUUUGGUUUUAUUUCAGUUUUUGUCGAUGUCGUAGUUGUACCACAGAUAAUGCGCAGAAGCUUCGGAAUAGAGGAAAACCUGUAGCUUGGGUACAUGAGAACCCAGUUCGGAACACACACUAACACCAAUACACUCUUACAUAUGCCGCCAGAGAAUCGCUGGAAUGAAUAUCUAUGAGUAACUGCGAUUUAAGGUCUGCCGACUCACGUUCCACACCAGUUCUGGAUGCCUAAAAAGAGCUACAAUCCAUGAUGAAUCGAUGGAGCUACUGUUACUGUUGCUGUUGAUGAUGUCAUGUGAGAUACAAAUGCACAAUCGAGAUACAAUAUAUAUAUAUAUAUAUAUAAGAGAACAAAUAUAUAUGUACAGUAUACAGCGCGUGGCAGAAAGUGGUGGCAUGGAACUCAAACGCCCCAUCAAUUGUUUUUGCCCCCCGGCACAAUCGUCAUCCGUGCGAAGGUCGUCUGAGUCAGCUGGCAACAGGGCAAGCAGCCAAAAGGAUUCGUGUCCUGGCCGAGGACAAUCCAAUAGCUGAUGUCAUGGCCCCGCCAGGUAAAUCAAUAAUCGGAGGAAGCGAGGGCAGGUCAGACAUCAAGACCUUUGGGCGGGUUAUGCUAAUGACUAUGAAGUCACUCGAUAAGAUCAAAUCGCAGAGCUAAUUGCCAGCUUUUUGGGUGAGAUAGGAUCUACGUAAAGCAAUUUAAAAUCAAUAACCAUGAGUAUUCUAAUAAUUACAUUUAAGAGGAGGAUGAUAUAUAGUAGAAGAAUGACAAGAACUUAUAAAAAACCAAGUCAUUUAGAGGGUUAAGUUGUAAUAUCAACCUCCCCCUAGUGACUUUUUCCGGCUUGUUUUCUUCAAGUGUAGCUAAUAGACAAUUAAAUUGAAUGACCCUAAACCUGACCCACUGGCGGGUGAACAAAUUAGCCCACGACAUUGGUGUAGGCAUUCCAGAGGCAUGAAGUUGUAAUUGAAUUAGCCAGACGUUAGGGAUGCCUCUUUACCUCCAAUGGAUUCUAAAUCGAUUGGGCUCACUGCUUGCCAGCGGAGGAUAUAAGUACAGGAGGCGAUUUGGAUCCGGUCACUGUGCACCGGCGGUGAUCGAAAUGAAGCAUCUACUGACUGCACUCGUGGCGCUGCUGAGCAUCCUGCAGCGGGGCGAGGUCCUGGGAUCAGGAACUCCAUGCGCGCGUCGCUAUCUGCGCAGGAUCAACGGCAAGUGCUAUUACUUUUCGGUGAAAAAGAUGAACUGGUUUGGUGCUCUGAAUAACUGCCUACGGAAAGGACUCACCCUGGCGGAUUUGAGUAACCAAAGGGACUUUGAUGGAGCCAUUGGGUUCCUUAGUGGCCUGGGUAAUACGGAGGACUUUUGGUUUGGGGGAAACGAUUUGUACCACGAAGGUCGCUUCCAGUACAUUAGCAAUGGGCGUCUAGUACGCUACUAUAGCAACUUUAGCAACGUGCUGCCCAUGGAGCACUCCGAAUGCGACGACUGCCUGGAGGUGCGGAUCCGCUCCCAAAUCAACAUGGUGGCGGCAGACAACUGUGCCGAGCGCCAGUACUUUAUCUGCUCGGAACGCUACUGCCAGGAGACGGACGGGGGCAAGAAGCCGAAGCACCACAGCCACGAGCAUUUGCAUCACUUCCAUCACGACAUUGGUGAUAGUGCCGACGGCGAGAACGAGGAUGAAAGCAAUCAUCGCCAGGAACCCAUCGCUAGUGGAUCGGCGGAGAACCCAGAACCAGAAUCGGAAGAUGCGGCCGGAGCAGAGGAUGUCCCCGACGCGGAUAAUACAAAUUCAACUGUGUCGGAGGCCCCGGGAGGAGAAACUGGACAAACAGGGGAACCGGGAGCCAUUGGAGGAUCAGAAGCUACCACCGGAGCCGCUGCUGCAGUAGAAGGUUCCACCACCGCUGCCCCUGCCGGAGCAGCACCAGCAGCUGAAGGAGAAACCACUACUGUGGCAGCAGAAGGAGGAGCUGCUGCCGCUGAAGAACCAACAACCGCAGCAGCAGAAGCAGCCGCAGAAGCUCCAGCAGCUUGA